AUGCGUUUAACAUCUGCUAUUUUCACCAUUGCUUCGGCUUUGGUCAUGGCAUGCUCGCAGGUCGAGGCUGCCCCCGUCGUUGCUGGCUACCUUCUUCUCAACCCCACUAACGGUCCUGCUAAGCUCAAGGCCCUUGCUGACAACGCCGCCAAAUUGCCCAUUAACCGUAUCUUCCUUUCCUUUGCUCGCCCCGGUAUGGUCUACGUCCCAGGUUCCAACACCCUUGAACAUGUCGGCUUGAACUAUGCCAACACACCUGACUAUGGUUUCGCUGAUCUCAAGGAUAAAGUUACUAAGCUCCAGGCCGGCGGCGUUGAGGUUUUCCUUUCUGUCGGAGGAUGGAACUAUGGAUGCUUCCCUUACGUCUACACCUACUACUCCGUUGGAGGUUAUGGAACCAGCACCCCUAACUACUAUAAGAUCAAGGAGCACGGAGGAACGCUUGCUGGAUGCACUGAAGCCAACAUGUGGUGCUACACCUGCGAACCCAAGAGCGAGAAUACAGUCUUGGCUGACUUCGACAUCUUCCCUGAGCCCUCAAACUCCUCCACCUGGCAGGAGGCUCAAAAGUAUGUCAUUGCUCAAGCUGGUGGCGAGGCUCCUGUCUUCCAUCCCGAGAUGAUCCCUGGACACUCCUGGACUGACCCUAUUACUAAGAUCACUAACUUGGUCCCCGGUAGCGAUUACUUUGUCAAGACUAACCGUGAUCCUUACCAGGAUCUAGUUUACUUGGGCAAGGAUCUCGGCCUUGCUGGUGUUGAUAUUGAUUACGAAGAGAUGUGGCAUGCUGAUUUCUACAAGAAGGGUGCCUCGACCGGCCCAUGGACUUCUCACCAGACUGUCUACAAGUACGCUGCUAUCAUGCGUGAUGUCCAGAUCAACAUCCAGGCCAUCCAGCCCUCGAUGAUGCUCGCCACUGCAGCUUCUGCUGCUGGAGGGCUUUCAACCAACUGGUGGGGAGGCAACCUUAAGAAUAUCUGGUACAACGUCAACAAGUGGUACCCCGAGGUCUACAGCUUCAUGGCUACCGGCAAGAACGGAGGCGGCGUCAACGUCAUGACUUACGAUUUGUCCAACAACCAAGAAUACCACGAAUGCCCUGACACUGGUGUCUGCAGCUUGAGCCAACAGGUCAACUACUACAUGAAGUCAUAUGCUGAUAAUGGUAUGAUCGCUCACGUCGGUUACGAGAUCGGUAUCCCUGCCUACCCUGCUUCUGAUCACGAUCCCACUCACCAGCUGCCCUUGACUCAAUCCGAGUUGAGCAGCAUCCUUGCUGUCCAGGGCUCCAAGGGAGGUUUCUUCUGGGAGUUGUACAAGAAAGCCGGAAGCACCAAUAAUGUUGAUGCUACCAGCGCUGCUCAACAGAUUUGCAAGGCUGCUCUUGGCGCCAAUACCCCUCGUUGCUCCGGUGUCAUCCCUCAGAUCGACGGAACUAGUCCCUCCACUACCACUGCUUCUUCCACUGUUACAUCCACCUCUUCUGCCCCCGUCACCUCUACCACCUUGCCUUCGAACACCUGCAGUGUUGCCGCUUGGUCUGCCACUGCUACCUACAACGCCAACGCUCAGGUGUCAUACAAUGGUCGCUUGUACACUGCCAAGUGGUGGUCUCAAAACAACAUCCCCACUGCUGGUGGUCCUUGGGUUGACAAUGGCCCAUGUGGCUCCUCUACUGCUAACCCUACCACCGCUCCUACUGCCACCGCUACCCCUGGUGGGUGCUCUGGUGUUAGCGCUUUCUCUGCUUCGACUGCCUACACUAGUGGCUCCAAGGUCUCCUACAACGGCUUUGUCUACACUGCCCAGUGGUGGACCCAGGGAGAGACUCCUGGCUCUUCUGCCGUCUGGGUCAAGGGCGCUGCUUGCUCCGCCACUCUUCGCCGCCGCUUGUACUAA